CAACACACCCAGCUAAGGCAUCAGUAACAGACAGUUUUCCUACUAGCGAGGAUCACAAGUAGCAGCUUCAAAUUUUUCCAAAAACCUAACAAAAACAAAAAACACACACAAAAUGUCUCUUGAGCGUGCUAUUCGUGCUAAGAUUGCUGGCAAGCGCAAUCCCGAGAUGGACAAAGAAGCUCAGGAAUGGGUUGAAGCUAUUCUUGGUUCAAAAUUCCCUGCCGGUGUUUCCUACGAAGACCAUCUGAAGGACGGACAGGUAUUGUGCGCUCUGAUCAACAAGCUUGCCCCCAACUCCGUGCCAAAGAUCAACUCAUCCGGUGGCCAAUUCAAAAUGAUGGAAAACAUCAACAACUUCCAGAAGGCAUUGAUAAACUACGGUGUACCCGAUUUGGAUGUCUUCCAGACUGUUGAUUUGUGGGAGAAGAAGGACAUUGCACAAGUGACCAACACCAUCUUCGCUAUCGGUCGUGCCGCCUACAAGCACCCCGAAUUCAAAGGACCAUUCUUGGGACCCAAGCCUGCCGAUGAGUGCAAGCGCGACUUCUCCGAGGAACAAAUGCGUGCUGGUCACGGUAUCAUUGGUCUGCAGGCCGGUUCCAACAAGGGUGCCACACAGGCGGGCCAAAACAUUGGCGCUAGCCGCAAGAUCUUGCUCGGCAAGUAAGCCCGCUUUCGAGAGGCAGAGAGACCGAUUUGGAGAAGCUAGCAGUAGUAGGGCCUUAGCCUAGGCAGCUUGUAAACCAACAAAAUUAUAAUAAACAACAGCAUCAACUAUUUUUGUUGGUUUAACACCAAACAUUUUGUACUGCUUAAUUUUUAUUAUUUAUGAAAUUAAAAUUUACUUUAUAUUUAUGAAAUCUAUAUUUUUAUGUAUAAGUUAAAGUAAAAAAAAAAAAUAAUGAAAAACAAUCCUGACACACAAAGAAUUAAACUUACACACACAACACACACUCAUACAAGCACAUAAUUUCAAAACCACACAAAAGCAAAGAAAACAAGUUAGAAAAAUUAUAUAUAUGUUUAUGUAAAAGCAACAAAAAAAAAUAUGUAACGAUGUUGAAAGCAGCGAAGGUGGUGCACUAUUUGUAUUUUAUACAGAGAAUAAUGCAAGUCUUAGUAUCUUAAGUUUACACUUAAGCUAUUUUAUAUAUGAAAAAAAUAAAUCUUUGAAAAUGUA